CCGCCGCCCCGCCAGCCCCGCGGCCUCAGGCUGCCCGCUGGCCUUGGAGCAGGCGCCCGCGCCUUCGGCCUCGGCCUCUGCCUAGUCAUGCUCCGUCCCGGCGCGCAGCGGCUGCGGGGCCUCCUGCUGCGGAGUUGCCCGCGGCGGGGCUCUCCCGGGCACCCGCACUCUGUCUGCGGCCGGGAAGGAGAGGAAAAACCACCCUCAUCUGCAGAAACGCAAUGGAAAGACAGAGCAGAAACAGUGAUAAUUGGAGGUGGCUGUGUUGGUGUGAGUCUGGCUUAUCACCUGGCCAAAGCAGGGAUGAAGGAUGUGGUCCUGCUGGAGAAAUCAGAGCUCACGGCUGGAUCUACCUGGCACGCAGCAGGUUUAACAACUUACUUUCAUCCUGGAAUAAACCUGAAGAAAAUACAUUAUGAUAGCAUCAAACUUUAUGAGAAACUGGAAGAAGAAACUGGGCAGGUGGUGGGAUUCCAUCAGCCAGGUAGUAUCAGACUUGCUACCACCCCUGUAAGGGUAGAUGAAUUUAAAUAUCAAAUGACUCGGACUGGCUGGCAUGCAACAGAACAGUAUAUCAUUGAACCUGAAAAAAUUCAAGAGAUGUUCCCUUUACUCAACAUGAAUAAGGUUUUAGCUGGAUUGUAUAAUCCUGGAGAUGGUCACAUUGAUCCUUAUUCUCUAACUAUGGCCCUGGCUGCUGGGGCUAGGAAAUAUGGUGCCCUUUUAAAAUAUCCUGCACCAGUAACUUCUCUGAAAGCCAGGUCAGAUGGAACAUGGGACGUUGAAACACCACAGGGGUCUAUGAGAGCAAAUAGAAUUGUGAAUGCUGCAGGAUUUUGGGCUCGUGAAGUAGGUAAAAUGAUUGGACUAGAACAUCCUCUCAUUCCGGUUCAACAUCAAUAUGUUGUUACAUCGACUAUACCUGAAGUGAAAGCUUUGAAACGAGAACUCCCUGUGCUCCGUGACCUGGAAGGAUCAUACUAUCUCCGACAGGAAAGGGAUGGGCUUUUGUUUGGUCCAUAUGAAAGUCAGGAGAAAAUGAAAGUUCAGGACUCCUGGGUCACCAAUGGAGUUCCUGCAGGUUUUGGAAAGGAACUCUUUGAGUCUGAUCUAGAUCGAAUCAUGGAACACAUUGAAGCUGCCAUGGAAAUGGUUCCUGUCUUGAAAAAGGCUGACAUCAUCAAUGUCGUCAAUGGUCCUAUCACGUAUUCUCCUGACAUUCUGCCUAUGGUGGGGCCCCAUCAGGGAGUCAGAAACUACUGGGUGGCUAUAGGCUUUGGAUACGGCAUAAUCCACGCUGGUGGGGUAGGGAAAUAUCUCAGUGACUGGAUCCUGCAUGGAGAACCUCCUUUUGAUCUGAUAGAAUUGGAUCCAAAUCGCUAUGGCAAAUGGACAACCACCCAGUACACUGAGGCCAAAGCAAGAGAAUCAUAUGGAUUCAACAAUAUUGUUGGUUACCCUAAAGAAGAACGGUUUGCUGGGAGACCCACUCAACGAGUCAGUGGGCUCUACCAAAGGCUGGAGUCUAAGUGUUCCAUGGGGUUCCAUGCUGGCUGGGAGCAGCCACACUGGUUCUACAAACUGGGCCAGGACACUCAAUACAGGCCAAGUUUUCGUCGCACAAACUGGUUUGAGCCUGUGGGCUCAGAGUAUAAACAGGUUAUGCAAAGAGUAGGGGUAACUGACCUAUCACCGUUUGGCAAGUUUAAUAUCAAAGGCCAAGAUUCCAUUAGACUACUGGACCAUCUCUUUGCAAAUGUCAUUCCAAAGGUGGGUUUUACAAAUAUAAAAAUGAACUGUGAUACAAAUCCUUUGGAAGCUGGACUGGAAUAUUUUGUGAAGUUAAAUAAGCCAGCAGACUUCAUAGGAAAGCAAGCACUGAAACAGAUUAAAGCCAAGGGGCUGAAACGAAGACUGGUCUGCCUCACCUUGGCAACGGAUGAUGUUGAUCCAGAGGGAAAUGAAAGCAUCUGGCACAAUGGCAAGGUGGUUGGCAACACGACAUCUGGAAGCUAUAGCUACAGCAUCCAGAAGAGUCUGGCGUUCGCAUAUGUCCCUGUGGAACUAAGUGAAGUGGGACAGCAAGUGGAAGUUGAACUAUUAGGCAAAAAUUACCCAGCAGUCGUCAUACAACAACCUUUGGUAUUGACCGAACCAACCAGAAACCGGCUUCAGAAAAAAGGUGGAAAGGACAAAACUUGAAAAAAGACCUUUAGCAGUCAACUGAAUUGGAGUUGCUAAUGACUGUCCUUGAAAUUAUCAUAAUUGGUUCCCAGGGGAAUAGAGGAAACCAGGAAUUCAUUUCAAAAUCAUCUAAGUCUAGAUUUAGAAUCUUAACGAAACCUUUCUGUUAAGUGUUUUCUAAGCAAGACAGAAUAAUAGAUAAAUGAUUUACAUUUUUCUUUUAAAUGAAGAAAUUUGAAAUGAAUGUUUUUUUUAUUACCCCACAUUACCCAGUCGGCAAAACAUUUAGGUGUUUGCUAAUACAUGCAAUCAUUACUAUAAACGAAUUAAAGGACAUUUUAUAAUUUUAGUAACAAAUGCAUUCGGUUCUUGAUAGCUGAAAACAAAUUAAUAAAUUAUCUUUUACGUGAAAACAUGUAUAAUAUUGUUGAUGGAUUUACUUCAUAGAGAAAUCUUUCCUUAGAUGAAUAAAUGAUAGUUUUAAUUUUUCAUGA